AUGAAUCACCAGUCAACUCCUCCAGCAGAAAAACUUUCAAACACGCGGUUUGACCUUGAAAAGCUUAAUAACAAAGCAGUUAUCCUGAUGGAUAUACAGAGCGCAAUACUUCACGAGUUAGAUAUUACAAAUGAAUUCAGAUCAGACGUAUUGGCGAGUAAACUUGGAGUCGACCAUCAGGUGAUUGUUGGAGGGAUAAAAAGCUUAGAAAACUAUAACGGAAUAAUAAAGUGUGAAAAUAUUACUGAAGUGCUUUUAUUACUGACAGAAGAAGGCGAAGAGAUAUUGAACAAUGGUAGUCACGAAUAUCGAGUGUAUUGUGCAGUCCCUGGGUCAGGUGUAGCACAAAGUGAUAUUUUGAAAAUAUUUCCCAGUGCUAAAAUAGGCAUUAGUAAAGCACUUGCUUUAAAGUGGAUAAAAUUAACAAAAACUGAAGAUGGUACACCCUAUUUAUAUCGUCUGAUUCCUGAAGUGAACGAUGAUGUGCAGCAACUACUGUCGGAAGUAAAACAGUCCACAUGUUCGUUAUCUGAUAAUGACAAGUCGCAGCUAAAGAAACGAAAACUAGUAAAUGAAUCAAAGCGUACGUUGUAUUUGGUCCGGCAAGGUCCCGCAUUUUCCACAAAUUUAAGCGCAGAAGAAACAGAUUUAUCAUCUGACUUACUAUCAAGUGGAGAAUGGCAAACAGCCAGAUUUAAAGCCUACAACUUUGAUGCUCUUGGUGCUACUCUACCGUCUGGACACUUACAUCCUCUUCUGUGUGUUCGCGCAGAAUUCUGCAGGAUACUUUGUGAUAUGGGAUUUUCUGAAAUGCCAACAAACAAUUAUGUUGAAUCUAGUUUCUGGAAUUUCGAUAGCCUUUUCCAGCCUCAACAACACCCUGCUCGAGAUGCUCAUGACACAUUUUUCGUUUCAGAUCCUAUGUUUACUGAUGUAAACAAAACAGUCGAUGCUAGUUAUGUUGAUAAGGUUCGUACUGUGCAUACUCAAGGUGCUUUCGGUAGUCGAGGUUAUCAGUCAAACUGGUCGAUGAAAGAGGCUGAAAAAAAUGUAUUACGUACUCAUACGACAGCAGUCAGUGCGCGUAUGCUUUACGCUCUGGCAAAAAAGACUCCAUUUACUCCUGCAAAAUAUUACAGUAUUGAUCGUGUAUUCCGUAAUGAGAAUUUAGACGCAACUCAUUUGGCAGAAUUUCAUCAAGUCGAGGGUGUAGUCGCUGAUUUCGGUCUUGGUUUAAGUCAUUUGAAAGCUGUAAUUCGGACAUUCUUCGCCAAAUUAGGACUGCAUCAACUACGUUUCAAACCAGCCUAUAAUCCGUAUACUGAGCCCAGUAUGGAAGUAUUCAGCUAUCAUCCUGGUCUCAAAAAAUGGAUAGAAAUAGGAAAUUCCGGACUAUUCCGUCCUGAAAUGCUUCGACCAAUGGGGUUGCCUGAAGGACUGUCUGUAUUAGGUUGGGGUUUGUCGCUGGAACGACCAACUAUGAUUCGUUAUGGUUAUAAAAAUAUUCGUGAUUUGGUUGGUCCAAAAAUUGAUCUGAAUAUGAUAUACAAAACACCAUUAUGUCGUAUGGAUAAAUUUUAA